AAGUCAGAAAUCUCGAGCACAGCACCCUCGCCCACUUUGUAAAAAUAAGCUCCUUCCAGCUUAACCCAUUUCCCUUCUACAUUACCAUCGCCAUUAGGCCUAACCCACCGCCCAUGGCUGCAGCCCUCGAGUGCUGGUCCAGCCGAUCCACCACUGACGACGACUUGGUGGAGCAGGUUCUGAUGCGGACUAACGACAGAUCCGAGGAGCCCUCUUCUUCUUCUUCCUCCUCUGCUUCUGCUUCUGCUUCUUCUUCUUCUGCCAAACUCGAAGCGCCAUCCGCCAUGCACAAACGAUUUCAGAGGCUGAGCAGGAACGUCUCCGAGGCCAUCGCCUCUCUCAAGAACUCUCUCAACCUCGACUCCUCCUCCCCACGUCAUCAGCCUCUUCCUGUCUCCUCUGUCCAUUCUGCUUCCUCCAAAGUCGAGAAUUGCCGAAAAGUGGUCUGGGGUACCGUUGUACGGAACUUGACUCAGCUUUAUCCUGGAAGUCAGUUGCCUGAGAAGCUUGUCUCCAAUAUUCGGAAGCAUUAUGAUUCCUUGCCUUUCAGUUAUGCACAGGCGGGAUUUGAUAUGAAAGAAGUGUUUCUACAUAUAAAAUUGAUAGAACAGGCAUCAGGGGAUGAUCAUCCUGCUAUAUUUAUUCAGCAAGCGUCUGAUGAUGAGGUACAAGGUUCUGUUUUUAAGCUCACAUUUGCUUGUAACUCUUCCUUUUCUUGGUCUGCCAUGUCUGGUGCUCUUGAUACUGCUUCCAUUUGUUGCAAGAAGAUACAGACAUUUGAGAAAAAAGGCUUCACCCUUGGAAUUAUUCUCUUCUUGGUUCAAUCCCCCCAAGACAAGUUAUUUAAAUCCCACAUCGAAAAUGCCCUCAAAUCUGCUAUCAAAAAGCCCAAAAUGACCACUGUGAAGCUACCAUUUGGACUUUGUGGGUGUCAGGAAGAGAGUACUAAGGGAAGAGACUUUGGGGAAACUGAAGAAGACGCAAUUGAGCAGACUCACAGAAAUGGGAUUGAAAACGCAAAUGCCAAGAUUCAGCUUCAAAUGCCUCUGCCCACUUCAUCGUUUGUUGUAGUGGUUGAUGAAUGGCAAACCAUCCAAUCAGGUGUAGAUGAUAUUGGAAAAUGGCUAUUGAGCUCUGAUAAUCUUGAGUUUAUUGAUCAGAUUGGACCCAACUCUUUUAAAGGUGUUUACAAAGGUAAACGUGUUGGAAUUGAAAAGCUCAAAGGAUGUGACAAGGGGAAUUCUUACGAGUUUGAACUUCGAAAGGAUCUCUUAGAGCUUAUGACUUGUGGGCAUAGGAACAUUUUGCAAUUCUGUGGUGUUUGUGUUGAUGAAAAUAAUGGGUUGUGUGUUGUGACCAAGUUGACGGAAGGUGGAUCAGUCCAUGAUUUGAUGCUAAAGAACAAGAAGCUUCAGAUUAAGGAGAUAAUGAGAAUUGCUGCUGAUGUAGCAGAAGGAGUCAAGUUUCUUAACGAUCAUGGUGUUGCAUACAGAGACCUCAAUACACAGAGGAUUCUGCUAGAUAAGCAUGGUAACGCAUGCUUGGGGGACAUGGGUAUAGUCACUGCUUGCAAGAGUGUUGGCGAGGCAAUGGAGUAUGAAACUGAUGGUUACCGUUGGCUAGCUCCUGAGAUCAUUGCUGGGGACCCAGAGAAUGUUACUGAGACAUGGAUGAGUAAUUCCUAUAGUUUUGGGAUGGUGAUUUGGGAGAUGGUGACGGGUGAGGCAGCCUAUUCUGCAUGUUCACCGGUGCAAGCGGCAGUAGGAAUAGCUGCUUGUGGCCUAAGGCCCGAUAUCCCUAAGGACUGCCCACAAAUCCUCAAAUCUCUGAUGACCAAGUGCUGGAAUAGUUGCCCAUCAAAGCGACUGCAAUUCUCUGAAAUUUUAUCUCUAUUGCUGCAGACCAAUAACAAUAGCAAACAUUUAUAGGUAAAAUAUACUUCAAAAUAAUUCAUAAAAUGUAAUCCAUUCAUGCUAAAAGUAUGUUAUAGGAGGCUUACUAUGUUAUCUUGCUACGAUGAUUGAAUGUAGAUUUAGAAGUUUCUACAGCUGAAAAGAAGAUAUACUAAAUCUCUUCUCUUUUGCCAACCUAAGUAUGUCUUCUUUCUUUCACCAUUUCGAAUCAAUAUUUUUCAUUUGGCAGCCAAAGAAGAAAAUUAAAGAAAAAAAAGUCAUUACUGAUUCCAUGGAAUGUCUUGCCAUAAUAUGCCUGUGACAUAUGAGCAUUUAUGGACUCGUGAGUGGUGGGAAUAUUUAAAUAAAUCUUCCUUGCAUGUUUUAUGACUAGACAUUUAUGUUGGUUGCAAAAGGCAAGGAUUAAUUGAUUGAAAAUGAGGAAAAGCAGAAAGAAAGGAGAUUUUCUGAGCCCUUUUUGUGUCUACUGUUUUUGAGUGAAACAAGGAAUAAUUCCAGCUCAAGUUUUCUUUUGUCUCAAUGGUGGCUGGUUGAGGGACCCAAAAGUGGUCAUCUUGUUUUUUAUGUCUUAGAAAAGGUGAGAAUCAUCAAAUACCACAAUGUUUCCACCUAUGGGAUAACUAGUGGUAUAGAAUUCCACACGGGAAUUGGCUAUAAUUUCCUACAUGUGUCAAUGAUUUGAGAUAAUAUUAAUAAAGAACUUUCGUAGGGAUUUGCAUAACAAACCUGUUCAGGUUGAAGCGAUUCACUGCUCCGAUGAGCAUUUUUGGACCUCUCAAGUGCUGGUUGCUAUAGGGGGAAUUUACUGUGAUGGGUGGUGAAGAUCUUGUUGUGCACAUCUCGUCAAGUAAUCUGCUAUAUCUGAGUUCAUAAACUGGUUAGAAAGAUUGAGUUGAUGUCUUUGUCUAGUUUGACCAUUAUCACAUUAAAUAAAGCAUGAUUGUCUUUUCUUUGUCUCUUCUUCCCAUGUCUAUCAAAUAAAAAAUAAGAGUGGAUGUAUUUGCUUAUCAUUUUCUUUAGUUUAGAUAAUUUUCAUAAUCACUUUAAUCCAUUUCAUUGUUGUUCACCUGAUAUGAUUAUGAACGAGUUGAAGUUCUGAGGGAAGAUGCCAGUGUGCAAACUUCUUCAAACCAGAAAGAAAGAAAGAAAGAAAACCUUAAGCUAAAAGCUUGUGUGGACGAGAUUUAUGUUGUUUAUGGGUUUGGGUUGAGGAAUUGCAGGGUAUGCAGUUAGGUAAACGAUCAAGAAAAAAAAAAAAAUUUGCUGGACGCUGGAGGCAGAAAUCAAUUGUGAAGAUGUUGCAGAGUAACACUUUCAGCUAGAAGACCAAAGCUGGAAAAGUAAAGAAGUAUCUGGAGCCUGGAAUAAUAAAGCUAAUUUGAAAAUGUUGUGGCUGUCAGAUGGACUUUCGUGAGAAUCUCUGUCAACAAUGUUACUGCUGUCCAUAAUUCUGGAUAAGGUUGACAACAAACGUGGCAGUUUGCAAUAGAAUUAGGGCUCUGUACAGCACUCAUCUCUGCAAAAUUUUUGUUUCUGGCUAUUAGUUCCAUAAGUUUGAGUGUGAUACAACUAAUAAAAUGUCAGUACUAUUCCUAGGGGAUGUUUCCAAAUGUUGUUUUGUUAACAGAGAUUCAUUUGUAAAGCACUGAAUGGUUAAAGUCAAACAAUUUCAGUGAUAGAGGUUUGCUCUUUAAUCUUCAUCUUAUAUUUUCAUUUCCAGUGCUUUGUCAUAUGCUGUUUGCUUUUAGGAUAUCUCCACCUUGUCUGCCAACUAUCAACUUCAUUUUGUUGGCUAGUUGAUGAUAUCAUACUCACCUUGGCCUUUCGACUUUG